CUGCUGCCUCCGCGGUCUGGCGGGAAGGUUCUGCCGGAAAUGCAAAUCUGCUGAGGGUGGGGUCAGUUCCUGGGAGGAUUCCCUCGGAGCCGCUGUGGGUGCAGGUCUGGGGAUUCCUUCCCAGCUGGCCUCCACCUCCUUCCCCGCCACACCGUCCACGGUGAGGCGUGGGGAUCAGGAAGCAAUUCCAUUCUUCCCGCCUGCCACCCUGCAAACCUCUGGCACUGGAAUGAGCGCUUGCCACCCGCAGUGUAGACCCGUCUAGGAGCCGAUUGCCGGGGGAAAUGGACUCGCUGACAUUGGAAGACGUGGCUGUGAACUUCACCCAGGAGGAGUGGGCCCUGCUGGACACUGCACAGAGGCAGCUCUACAGAGAUGUGACCCUGGAGACCUGCGGUCACCUGGCCUAUGUGGAUUGGGUGACUCGACAUCAAACCAAAGAGUCGACCCCUCAGCAGAACAGCCUUGCUAAAAGGACAUUUCAGGGAGUCAACAGAGCACAUCUGGCGAGCAGCGGUUCCCAACUCUCCGAUCUCAGAGAAGACUGGAUGCGAACACUGAAGCACGUUGCAGCCACCCACAAGAAAGAUGCCUCUCCCGCUGGAUUCUGGGAAUAUCCCGAGACGAGGGACAUCUCUAACCCUGGCCAGAAGAUUGUGCCAUCACAGGGAGAUUCCACCGGGAAACAUAACCCAAGACGUAACUCAGACAUUUUGAAACAAAUUCUCCUCUUACCCAGUAAUCAAAAAAUCUAUACAAACAAUGAAGAUGACCGAGUCAAGUGGCAGGAAAUGCCGUGGAUUCCACGUGCAAGAACUCAGACAGAGCUGAAAUCAAAGGCACAGAUGGAUCAUCAGAAUGACCUGCUUCAUUUGCAGGCUGAAAUGUACAUGGGCGUGAGCAUCCAUGAAUACAGUCCACGUGGGAAAGCCUUAGAGGGAGACAUCUCCCUUAGGACACGAGGGAUGCCCGUGAAAGAGAAACCUCAUCAUUCUCAUCAGUGUGAAAACACCUUCCUAAAUAACUCUCUCCCUGCCGGGCAGGCACAACCCUAUGAGGCAGAGACAAAUAAUGAGAAUAAUCAAAGUGGGAAGACAUUUGUCCCUGUUCCGAGUUCCGAUUCGCACAGGAGAACCUCGAUGGGAGGGAAAAGCUAUAAGUGCAGGGACUGUGGGAAGGGCUUCAUGUAUCAGUCGUCCCUUAAGAAACACAUGAAAAUUCACAUGGGAGAGAAGCCCUACGCAUGUGAGAAUUGUGGGGAAACCUUCAGAUAUAUCUUACACCUUAAUAAACAUUUGAGAAAUCACCACCUGAAGACCUUUGAAUGUCCGGAAUGUGGGAAACGUUUCAACAGGUCCUCAAAGCUUAAGGAACAUAUUAGGAUUCACACUGGAGAGAAACUCUAUAAAUGUCAGGAAUGUGGGAAAACCUUCACGAGGUCCUCAAAUUUUAAGGGACAUAUUAGGAUUCACACUGGAGAGAAACCCUAUAAAUGUCAGCAAUGUGGGAAAACCUUCCAUAGGUCCUCAAAUUUUAAGGGACAUAUUAGGAUUCACACUGGAGAGAAACCCUAUAAGUGUCAGAAAUGUGGGAAAAGCUACACUAAUUAUUCAAGUCUUAAAGCCCAUCUGAAGAAGGUCUGCGGAUGAAAGGAAUGGGGAGAAGCCUUCAUUUAUUUUCUCAAAGUAUUGCGUGCAGAAGGACGACAUGGUGGAAGGGAGCUGAGUGAAUGAACGAAGAUGGAAACAUCUGAACUCUCAGAUCUUUGGAAAUGUAAGAUUUCACACUUUUAAUUUUUUAAAGGGAAUAUGGGAAAGCCCUCUGUUGUCUCAAAGGUACAGUUCCUGUAAAAACACACUGCAGGACUUCCCUGGCAGUCCAGUGGGUAAGACACCACCCUUCCACUGCAGAGGUUUGAUCCCUGGUGGGGCAGCUAAUAUCCCGCAUGCCAUGUCACAGGGCUAAAAAUAUAAAAAAUAAAACUCACACUGCAGAGGCAUCAUGGGAUUAAGGAAUGUAGGGAAAACCUUACAUACUCAUUCCUCACUUUACACAUGAGACUAAACCCUGGAGAGAGACCCUCUCAUCAGUAAUAGAUUUGAGAAAGCCUUGAUUUCCCUUCUUCACUUGCACAAAUGAGUCUUAAGCUCAGUCGUGUCUGACUCUUUGCGACCCUGUGGACUGUAGCCCUCCAGGCUCCUCUGUCCAUGGAAUUAUUCAGGCCAGACUACUGGAACA